AUGGCAGAUAAAAAAAAAUAAUUGUAAUAAGAAGAACUUGAACCUCUUGCUUAAUAGGAAAGUUUACAGUUUAAACCAGGAGAGUAUUUGGUGCAUAUUUUGUUGUAGUAAACAAGAGCAUUGUAAAAUCCAAAUGACAAUGAAAGUACUAUAGAUCCAUUAAUUCAAAUUGAGACAAUGGAUUAAAAGAAAUUUAGUUCAUAAAAGAAGGGAACUGGAUCAAAUAGCACUCUAGUUUGGAAUGAGCAUUUUUAUUUCAAAAGAUCAUUUUCUAAUGGUUGGUAAAUAUAAUCAUAACAUGUGAAAAUUUCAGUAUUAGAUCAUAAAGUGUUUGGAAGAAAUGCAAUUGUAGGAAUAUAUGAAUUGGAUUUCUCAACAAUAUAUAUGACAGAUAAUCAUGUAUUAUUACAUAAAUGGUUGGUAAGAAUUAUCUAUUGAUUUUUUUAGGGUUUGAUAAAUCCAGAGAAAGACUUUAAUAAAAUAACUGGAUAUUUGAAAAUCAGUAUAAAUAUAGUUCAUGAUGCAGAUAAAUAAACAACUUUAGUGAUGGACAAUGAAAUAAAAGAGAGAGGUAAAAUAGAAGAAGCAAAAAAUAAUCUCUUUGCAGAAGGUGAAUUAUUAUUGCCACCUCAUAUUCAAACAAAAGGAUAAUAAUUGAAGAUUACUUUAGGGAGAGCAACGAAUUUAAUGAAAAUGGAUUCAAUGUUAGGAUCUAUUGAUCCAUAUUUACUUUUUGAGAUUGGAGGUUAAGAAAUUCAAACUGAUUUAAUAAAAAAUAAUAACGCUCCAAAUUGGGAGUUAAAUUUAUUUGUAAAUAUACUUAAAUAUAAAUAAUUAGUUACCAGUUAUGACUCCAUGUUAAAGUGAAUACAUAAUAAUGAGAUUAUUUGAUUAUGAUAUGGGUGGGAAGGAUGAAAUAGCAGGUAGUCAGUUAUUUAGAAUUCCAGAUAUUUUAAGUGGAUAAGUAUUUUACUGAUUUAUUUUUAGUUAUCAUAACCUAAAUGGUUUCAUAUUUAUGGAGCACAUAUUGAUGCAGAUUCAGAAUAGAGAGUUUAUUUAUGUAGUCAUCCUGAUUUAGGAACAUGUUAUGCAGGUAGAAUAUUAUUAUCUAUGGAAUUGAUCGACUCUGAAUAACCUAAAAAAGAUAAACAAAAAAUAGCUGAUUAGAAAACACUAUAAAAAAUACGUGAAGAUCUUUCUUAUUAAUGGUCAUUCUAAUGUAUAGUCUAUUUUGCACUCAAUCUACCAGUAGAUGAUGAUUCAUACUCUAUUAAAAUCAAAUGGGGUGAGAAUGAAUGUAAAACUAGCUCUGAAAAAGCUAAGAAUGGAGUUGUUGAGUAUUACAAAUAUUUAACAAUUGAAAAUGUUAAGUUUCCCACUAAAGAAAUUUCAGAAUUGCCAGAUGUUUUUAUUUAUUUGAUGGAUGGAGAUAAACCUAUUUGUUUUAAAAGAUACAAAUCUUAUAAUCUCAACCCAAAUGAAAAAUAUCCAGAUGGACAUCAUUUUACUGUUACACUCAUUCCAGAUAAAUCACUUAAAAAUACUCCUAUGGAUCAUCCAGGAAUUGUUAAAAUUAAGUUAUUAAUCUAACCAACAGGAGGAUUAAUCAAAAUGUAACCUGUUACAAAACCAUAAAGAGAUGCCAAUAGCUUUCUUUAUGUGAAUUUAUUUUAAGCUCAUGAUCUAGCACCAACUGAUAUGGAUGGUUUGGCUGAUCCUAUUGUUGAUGUCCUUUUUUAUGAUUAAAAAUAAACUACUGUUCUUAUUAAUGAUACUACUGCUCCAAUUUGGAAUACUCAAUUAAGGAUGCCUGUCUAUAAAUUCGAAAAUGAAUCUUUCCCUCCUAUUAUAUUGAAAAUAUUUGAUCAAGACAAGGUUAGUAGGGAUUUCAUGGGACAAUUAACUAUAGAUUAUCAAAAAGGAUUGAAAUAAGGAUUCAUCACUAAAAAUUAAGCUCACAUCACCAAACCAUAAUGGAUAGAUGUUUAUUUAUAUGGAAGUAAAGCAGGACAAGUCUUACUAUCAUGUAAUUAUAUUGACAAUAUUUCUGUUAAAAUCCCAAAUCAAAUCAGUCCUCAUAGAAUUAAACAUUUUAUCAAAAUUAAAUUACUUGGCUUAAGAAAUCUUAAAUCAUUUGGACCUCUACCUGUCACAAAAGCAUUUGCUAAAUUCAAUGUACAAUCUAUUAGAGCCAAAGAUGAACCAUUAUCUUUAAAUAAUGCUAAUGAAAUUAUUACUUAACCUAAGGAGGCUGGUCCUAAUCCUAAUAUUAGUUCCAUCAUUUGUUUAGAGAUUAAUCUACCUGAGGAUGAUGCUUUCAUGCCAAAAUUUAUUGGAAGUGUUCAUGAUUAUAUUCUUAAAGGAAUUUUGUAACCAUUAAUAGGCUAAUUCUCUAUUGAUCUAAAACUAUAAAAACUAAAGACUUUGAAAUAAAUUGAAGAAAAAAAAGAUAUAGCCAAAAGAGUUCUUAAUGGAACGAUUUAGGUAGAUUCUAAUAUAAUUCAUUUACCAAGUCUGGAUUUAGGAGUUGGAAUUAAAAUGGGAGCGUUAUUAUCAAUGGCAUCAGGAGAAUAAUUUAAUGAAGAUAUCUCUAAUUUGUUAACUUAAUUAGGAGUACUUAAAAAUAAUGCUAUUUAUAUGGAUCAAAUUAUCAAAUAUAUAGAAUAUGAUAAGAAUGAAGAGGAAGGAACAUUUAUUGAAGUAGAUCGACCUGAUAGCAAAUACUAUUUACCCUUAGGUUAUGAUACCUAAAUCUAAAAGGCUUAGUUAUAUUUAUAGAGAAAAAAAUUAGGAGGUUAACAAAUACAAAAUAAAUCAUUAAAUUAAGUAGAAAUUUAGAUAAAGUCUUCUCAGUAAGGUUAAUAAGGAUUGAUUAAAUCAAAUGUUCAUUAUCGUUUAUGUUUGCCUUGUCCACUAGAAGACACUUUAUUUAUGCAACAGAAGGUUUUUGAUAUAUUCCCAUUAAGAAAAGGGAGUAUAAAUUUGAGAGAAGUGGAAAGUAUGGCUGAGAUAAUUUUGGGAGUAAAAGAGAAUCAAUUAAAUACUGGGAAAUUGAAAGGUUGGGUAGAAGUAUUAUCACAGUAGGAUUUAGAUAAGUUAUAAUCUUAAGCUGAGUUUAAGUUAAUUAAAAAUGAGUAUGAUUUUACAUCUGGUAAGAGUGAUACAAACUUAACUGAUAAGGAAUUAGUAGUAAAAAAUUAGGUAACGAUUAGAUUGUAUAUAAUCGAUUGUUCAAAUUUACCUCCAAAAGAUUAAGAUUCUAUGUCUGAUCCUUAUUUGAAAAUACGAUUGGGGAAAGAAUCUAUAGAUGAUGUAGCAAAUAGAGUAAUUGAUAAUUGCAAUCCUCAGUACUAUAAAAGAUAUGACAUCACAACAGAAUUACCAGGAGCAUCAGAAUUAAUAAUUCAAGUGUGGGACUAUGAUGAUUUUAUACCUGAUGAUUUGAUAGGAUAAACGAUAAUUGAUGUUGAGGAAAGAUAUUUUUAAUCAAGAUUUAGAUAGUUAAAACAAAUACCUAUAGAGACUCGUUAAUUGAUACAUCCAAGUUCUUCAAUGCCAUAAGGAUAAAUUCGUUUAUUUUUAGAAAUAAUACCUUCUAAAUAAACAUCGAUUCUUAAGAAUCCAUGGUUUAUUGAAUAGAGACCAAAAGCUAAACAUUUGAUUAGAUGUGUGGUUUGGGAUGUGUUAGAUGUACCAUCACAUGAUGAUGAAGGAUCUUCAGAUUUGUAUGUUGUUGGAUUUGUAGAUUAAGAUUAGAAGUAAAAAACAGACACUCAUUUUCGAAGUUUUAAUGGUAAAGGUUCAUUUAAUUGGAGAAUGGUAUUUCCUAUUGAAUUACCUUAAUAAUAAUAAACGAUUCUUACAUUUUAAAUUUUUGAUAAGGAUAUUUUUACUUCAGAUGAUUUUAUUUCUGAUUGUUCAAUAGAUAUAACAGAUUUAUGUAGAAGGGCUUUUGAAAAUGAAAUUAAUGUAAAAAUGUACUCAAAAACAGAACCCCCUACUGAUGGUAUUCUUAAGUAGGAUGCAUUAACAAAGUAAACAAAUAAUGGGAUAUUAUAUGAAAAGAAUGUGAUUUAGACAAUAAAUAGUGAAAAGGCUGGAUAUAAGAGUAAUCAAUAGAAUGGAAAACUAGUGGUUUCAAUUGAGAUAGUGUAGGAAUAGUUUCAUAAUAAGAAUCCAGUAGGUUUAGGAAGAUCAUAACCUAAUCAUUCUCCAGUUUGUCCUGAACCAACAGGAAGAAUAGAAUGGACUUGGAAUCCAUUUAAAAUGCUAGUAAUAAUAUCAUUUAUUCGAUUAGAGUUAAUUAUUGGGACCUAAAGCAAUAAGAUACUUAUUAUUAGCCAUCUGUAUAAUGUUUGCUGGAUACAUGUUAGUUAUGCUAUUUCCAAUCAUAACUGGUAAUUUAGUGACUAGAAUAUUUACAGGUUGA